CCUCCAGCCCGGCAACAGGCAGGCAGUGGAGCGCACAGCUCAGGAGGGUCCCUCCCAUCUCCCCAGUCCAGCACCUCAGCCGGGGGUGCCUCUUAUCUUAUCGCGGCGGCCCUGGAACCUUGGAGAAGCAACAACACAAACUCGCCCUGCCACCGAACUUCACACCGUGGACCAAAAACACCACGGCCGGGGUCAAUGGCUAGGGUCAAUGGCCAGGCUUCGUCGGGUGUGCUGGACACGGCACGUGCGGCUGCGAGUGUAGCACCGCAUCAAUUGAGCUCGUCUGUGGCACCGCUCGUCCCCCAGUCGGGAGACAAUGGCGGCUGUGCACCGGCAGCAUGCUUUUGUUUCGCGGCGGGCCUUUGUCCAUGCCGCCUGCCGUUCGCCUCGCCUGGCCUGGCGAGAGAGGCCAUCCCCAACAGUAAUGAAUGCCCUGCCCUCCCCUUGUUGUUCAUUCACCACCAAUUGUGUGCCACGUAGGUACCUCUGUAUGUGUAUGGUCUGUGUGCAUGGCUACAUACAUGUACAUGCAAACGGCCUCGCUCUCUCCCGCUCGCACAUCACUCGCACAUUCGAACCCUCCACCACAACACACACAUCACACCCAUUGCAUCGAUACCCACGGUGAUGUCUCUGCAUCCGCCAUCGCCGAUCAUUCACACUGUACCAUGGUAAUCUGCAAGCGCCCCUACAGUGCGUCACGGCCGCCGGCCAAGAAGCAGAAGCUCGCCCACCCUCAGACGAUGCCCGAGUCGUUCUGGAACUGCCUGGCCAAUCCGCCGCUCACCCGAGGCGCUCUCGAGGAGCAGACUCGAAGGCUCGGGGCCGUCAAGCCCGACUUUCACCACUCGGACGAGUUUCUGUUGAGCCCCGAGUUGCCGGAGGACAGCUGUGGCAAGCUGCGCAAGUUUUCUAUGCAUGGCGGCCCUGACAUGCGGGACGUCAUAGGCUAUUGCUGCUACAUUGACGUCGACGAGGACGAGGAUGACUUGUACGACCCCGCCAGCAGCACGGCUCCAGGCGUCCACGUCGAUGAGGACGGCCCCUUUGACGAUGCCUUUGCGCAACACCUCGUCAACCAUGGCGUCUUCCCCAAGGACGUCUUCCCACACGGGUUUGUUUCGGGCAGUAAAUCUCCCCCACCGCCAAAGAACGUGUCCGAGCUUCACAAGGUCUCGCGUCGUCGACGAGCCUCCCUCGCCGGCUCCGAUUCCGGCUAUGACGAGUUCAUCAAAACAGAUGACUUGGUCAACGACGGCAAGGAGACACCCGACGCACUCCUGUCGCUCCUUGAGAACUUAGACGAGCAAUGUCCAACCGUGGGUGGCGGCGUGCCCUUUACCAAUCUCGACCAUCUCACCGACGGGUCCCUCGUGGCCGCAGAACCCACCACGUACCACGGCGUGCUCCGGAACUGCUUCAACCGCCGCUUCCUGGCGAAGCAGCACCAGCAGAUCGUCCCUUCGCUCGACCACCUGGCCCCUGUGCUCCCCACCGUCUUCCUCGAGGCCAAGUCGCCCAACAGUUGCGAGAAGGCGGCCGUCUGCCAGUCCCUCUACGUCAUGGCCCUCGGAGCGCGUGGCUUCAGAAACCUUCAGCGCGCCGCCAGCGGUUCGGACUCGGCCGUUGUGGACGACGACAGGGCGUAUACAUUUGCCGCCGUGUACCGGUGCGGCUGGCUCCUGCUCUUUGCGUGCUACGUGCGCGACCAAACCAAGAAGGGCUGGUGCGUGCCCGUAUUGCUGGGUGAGUGGGAUCUGCGGGCGAGCCGCCAGAGCUUCUGCGACGGCGUGGCGGCAUAUCGCAACGUGAGGGACUGGGCGGCCGCGAAGCGGGUAGAGCUCGUGCAGCGAGCAAACAAAUGUUGCUAGCCCGAGGAGGUGGAUGGUAUGUGGCUUGCAUUGCCAUGAGCGUUAGGCGUUUAAUAGUACAGUCUAUAGAAAGCAGAUGCAUCAACUCAUUACCC